AUGACUCUCUCAACCUCGUCAUCGCCUAUAUCAACCCUCCCGCCAGAACUUCUACAUCAUAUCCUCGUCACUCUUCCCAUCUCUUCCCUCGUCAAGUUCGGACGAACAUCGAAACCGAACUACUCGGCUGCAAUGCUCGCCUUGCAAAAUCUCCAGCUUGCCAUUUUUCCACGAAAAGUCCACGCUACAUUGGCGUUUCUCAACUCCCCGACUUUUGAAGAUACGGACGCCACUUACGGAGAGCCAGACUACAACUCUCCUCCUCUCAAUCAAAUAACAAUUCCUGCGCCGCUUCCUGUUCCGUUAACUGGCAGCAGAAAGUCCAAAUCUUAUAGCAACGGUCAAUCAGCACUGAACCCGGCCCAACACCGACAACAACUCUUCCACCUCCAAAAUGCUCUGGCUUGCUCUGUCCUCUCCACUCCCAGCCUUGCCCACCUUCUUUCCUUAACUUUACACACUUACCACAUCAUCUCGCCCUCUCUAAUGGAGAUACUGGCUACCCACUUCCCCAAACUCCGCCAUCUCCAUCUUAAUUCCCGGCAUCCAUACGUGCACGAUGCUUCUCUCCCUGCGCACUAUUGGACAUCACCACUAUUUCUCCAAGGCAGUCCUAUUUGGAACGCCCUAGCCGGUAUUGGCCAGAGAUACGAAUCGAAAUUGAGAUUGAGGAACUUGGAGAGACUGACGGUCGAACGGGCCGGGAUUACGAGCGUCCAGUUACGGAAGUGGCUGGAGAGAAACCCUGGCUUGAGGGAACUGACGUUGCGCAAUGUCUCUGGCGUGGAGCUGGACUUUGUGGAGUGGUUGGGUGCGUACCAUGAUGGAGCGAAGGAGGAUGUUUGCAGCGGUCAUGAGAGGAGUCCGGCCAAGUUGAAGACCCUCGUCCUAGAGGAAUGUUCCUCUCUAUCUCUCCGAAUUCCAGCGGAGUUUCGAUGGCUUGACUCGCUCUUCCACACCACUACUCGCAACGUAUCUGACGACCGAAUCCUCGAGCAAACAGCUUCACCUUCUCAUCGUGGUCUCCAGGUUCUCUCGCUGCAGGGUUCACGAUCCGUGUCGACGCCCUCACUUCUCAUGUACCUGGAGACUAUGCGCCCGGCUGUGCGGCAGAUCACAUUACCUGAUGGCUGCGUCCUUGUCGCCCAGACAUCUUCACAACCACAACCACAAUCCCAAUCGUCGACAGCAUUGUCAUUGCUGAGUCAAGCCUGCGCCAAUGACUUCGAAGCCAACCAGCAAGCUCUCAGCCUGAGUGGUAGCGGCAGUAGUAGUGACGUCAUGUCUGCACAGCCCGACGCCACCUCCAACUUCAGCAAUAUCGGCCACAAACCUGGAAUCGAAAUUCAACCGGCCCCUUUCCCUGAUGCAAAUCGAAAUGGCCAUGAUGAUCCUGAUCAUGACGAGAAAUUCCCAUCUCCCGUCUCGUAUCUUCGCAACACGACAAGGGCAAAACAAUAUACCCUCUCUGAGUAUAAGCCUGGACGAGGGGGCUUCAUCGAGCCCGAUACGCGGUGGUAG